AUGUCAAUGAAUAUGUGUGUUUCGAAUAUCCACAAAAACCCUAAGAGAAAUUCUAAAGAUGCAAAAACUUUGGAAAGGUACGUAUCAUUGAGUGAUAUACAUUGUGAGUUGUUCAUUUGGGACGACGAAGUUGAUGAACUGUUGAUGAACACUCGAAAUAAGGAAAGGUUCACCGGUGUAGAUAUUGAGUGCAACAAUUGUGAAGUAAUACUUGGGUAUCUUAAAGAAUUCGAUAACAAUUUCAGAAAAGAGUUUGAAAAAGAAUAUGGGAAAGAGUCAAGCUCAAAAAAAGUUGAGAAAUUGAAGAAGUUGUUGCAAAUUGAAAGGAAGAAGACUACUUGGUGUAAUCCCAAUUGA